CUUUUAACCGUUUCAAUGGUGCGUAAAAACCCUAAAACCCUCGACGAUCUUGAAGAGCCAAGCAGAGCAGAGAAAAGACGCGCAUUCGGCUCUACUUUUCUACCAUUUCCUCUCUUCAAUGGCUACGAUACCCGUUAACCCGAAACCUUUCUUGAACAAUUUGACUGGAAAGACGGUGGCUGUGAAACUCAAGUGGGGAAUGGAGUACAAAGGUUUUCUUGUCUCAGUAGAUUCAUACAUGAACUUGCAGUUGGCUAACACUGAAGAGUAUAUUGAUGGACAAUUCUCUGGAAAUCUGGGUGAGAUUUUGAUAAGAUGUAACAAUGUUCUCUAUCUUCGUGGAGUACCAGAGGAUGAAGAAAUUGAAGAUGCUGAGCGAGACUAAAAAGCGGACCUUGUAGUAAAACUUACCUAGACUUUGGUUGCUCGAGGCAUUAAUCAGUAUUAUAUUUUCCAUUUUCCUUUUUUACUUUGCUUCCUUCGACAUAUGGGGGUUACUUUGUAUUUGUAUGUAGAUUUCUGUUGGAUGUUUAACAUGCUUUGCUACCCUGCUACCAUGCUAUUUAAAGGGCACUAACAAUUUAAACAGUGUCAAUACAAUAUUUCGGUUGCAUGCAAUGUGGAUGGCGCCAUUGUAGAUCA